UACUCAAAUUACAAUAGAUCUCGAUAGCUCAAACACUGCGUUUGAUGAUGAUUUAGAUUUACAAGAAGAGAUCGAAUUGGUUGAUGAACCAGAAAUGCUCAAGGCUAAAAAUUAUUUGAUAGAUGAAUAUGAAAUGUUUCGGAAGCUAGAGUCAACAUCAAUUAGUAUGACACAAAUGGAUAGCGAGUAG